UGUGGACAGCCUCCUGUCCACUGCCCCUCACCCUGCUGCUUUGCUUGGAUCUGAACUUGCUUUAGCUACUUUUGGAAUAGGACAUCAUUUUCCCAAUUUUUAUCAGUUGUGGAUUGGUGGAUUUUCAUUUGUGAGCUGGUAGAAUAAAGAAGUCUGAUUAUAAGUUGGCGGAGUGGCCAUCAGGAUGUCAGGAUCAUUACAAGUGACGCAGAAACAGCAGCUGCAUCAACAGCUGGAGAAGCAGCAGCAGAAGCAUCACUAUGAGAGCAGCUAUUACCUGAGCACCAAGUCGUCCGUUAGCAAGCAGGCGUUCUCCACUCACAAGACCACCAGCCAUCGCCUGAAGACCUCUGUGAAGACAGAGAAGGGACAGGAGGGGGUUAAACUGAGCCCGCUACCUAAGAGAGCCAAACACACCUACCUGGCAAUGGACAAGGACAAAGAAAUUAUUGGUUACGUCAUUCCUGUAUUUCGAGCCAAUCAUGAUGUGGUUCGUGGCCUGGUGGAUGCCCAGGAGGAAGACGUCACAGAGGAGGGGAUUAACUAUGUGGCCAUGAGGAACCUGUUUGUUAGAGAGGCCAGGGAGUCCAUGGAGGUUAAAGUUGAGAAGAAAACCAGAACAAAGCAUGUCAGGGAAUCCGCUGACCGUCUGCAACUUGGCAAGCAGAUGGAAGAAUGGUCUGAAUUCCGUAAGAAAAUGAACCCAGACAGCCUGACACACCCUCCAGAGUUAAUUGUCAAGCCCCGUGGACAGACAGUGUGGGAGGGCAAGACAGUCAAGCUGCACUGCACUGUGGCUGGAUGGCCCAAACCCAGGGUUGCUUGGUACAAGAACAAUGUGCUAAUUGAUGCCAAAGCUCACUCCGAGAAGUAUACCACUGAAAGCAAUUACAACAUGCACUCCCUGGAGAUCAAGAAUUGUGAUUUCUUGGAUACUGCUAAGUAUCACAUCUCCGCCCUCAACAUCAAAGGGGAAGUUUCUUCUGUGGCUACUAUUGUUGUCAAAAGGUUCCAAGAGGGUGUAGAAGAAGGGCCACUUGAUCCUAAACCACAUGGUUUCUGCCCUGAGCAUGGUGUUACCUUUGAAACAACCAUCAUUGACAAAUUUGACGUAGCGUUUGGUCAUGAAGGGGAGACACUGAGUCUGGGCUGCACUGUCAUUAUAUAUCCCACCGUGAAAAAAUACCAGCCUGAAGUCAUGUGGUACAGAAACUCUGUCCCUUUGAAGCCCUCUAAAUGGGUGCACACUCACUGGUCUGGGGAACGUGCCAUGCUCACUCUCACCCACCUCAACAAGGAGGAUGAGGGGAUGUACACCCUGCGCGUCAACACCAAAUCUGGCUUUGACACCCAUUCAGCCUAUGUGUUUGUCAAAGAUGCUGAUGUGGAGGUGGAGGGGCUUCCCGUGGCCCCCCUAGAUGUAAAAUGUCAUGAUGCCAAUAAGGAUUAUGUGGUUGUCACCUGGAAGCAGCCAGCAGUGGAGGGCAGCAGUCCCAUCCUGGGUUAUUACAUUGACAGGUGUGAGGUGGGCACCCAUCACUGGGCUCAGUGUAAUGAUACGCCAGUCAAGUAUGCCCGCUUCCCAGUUACAGGUCUGGUGGAAGGGCGUUCUUAUGUCUUUAGGGUGCGGGCCUUGAACAAGACAGGAGUCAGCCGCCCAUCACGUGUCUCUGAGGCCGUGGUUGCCAUGGAUCCGUCUGACAGAGCUCGACUCAGAGCAGGGCCCUCUGCACCUUGGACUGGAAUGAUCAAGUUCACAGAGGAGGAUUCCACUGUGGGUGUCGUUCCUGGAGAACCAACUGAUGUUGUGGUUACUGAGGCAACCAAGAGCUAUGUGGUGCUCGCCUGGAAGCCCCCAGUCCAGAGGGGUCAUGAAGGAGUCAUGUAUUACAUUGAGAAAUGUAUUUCAGGGACAGACACAUGGCAGAGGGUGAACACUGGUAUGCCAGUUAAGUCUCCACGCUUUGCACUUUUUGACCUGGCAGAGGGGAAAUCCUACAACUUCCGUGUGCGCUGCUGCAACUCUGCUGGUGUGGGUGAACCCUCUGAAACCACUGGAGAAAUCACUGUUGGAGAUAAACUUGAUCUGCCUUCAGCUCCAGGUGCUCCAGUGCCCACCAGGAACACAGGCACCUCUGUUGUGGUCUUCUGGGGUGCAUCAAAGGAUGUUACACACCUGGUGGGCUACUACAUUGAACAUAGUGUGGUGGGCACUGAUGUCUGGAUGCCUUGCAACAAUAAACCAGUUAAGCAGACCAGGUUCGUGUGUCAUGGCCUCACCACUGGGCUGAACUACGUGUUCAGGGUAAAGGCGGUGAAUGCUGCCGGAUACAGCCAGAGCUCCCCCAUUUCUGAUGCUGUUGUUGUACAGCCUGCCAUCUCCGUACCUAGGAAGCCUACCGAUGUGACCCUGCUGGAGGCUGUCAAGGACUACAUGCUGGUGGGCUGGACUGCACCUGCUGAUAAUGGAGGAGCCGAUAUCAGGGGAUAUUUUGUGGACUACAGGACCGUGAAGGGAAACAGUUUUGGGAAAUGGCAUGAAAUGAACCACCAGGCUCUGACCACAACCUCCUACAAGGCUGAGAACAUGAAGGAAAAUGUCUUCUACCAGUUCAGAGUUUGUGCAAUGAACAUGGCAGGUGUGAGUAAACAUUCUUUGCCCAGUGCAGCAGUGGAAUGUAAAGAGUGGACCAUCACUGUUCCAGGCACUCCUGUCGGUCUUCAUGUUCUUGAGGUUCGUGACAACUCUGUCGUGGUACUUUGGGAGCCACCGGUAUUUGAAGGGCGCUCUCCUGUCAAUGGCUAUUAUUUGGAUAUCAAGGAGGCAUCUGCUGGGGAGGACGGCUGGAAGGCAGUGCAUGAGAAGACCAACAAGGGAAAAUAUAUGAAGGUGACUGGACUGAAGGCUGGAACCUCCUACGUUUUUCGUUUGCGUGCUCAAAAUCUUGCUGGAGUUGGAAAGCCCUCAGCAGUUUUAGGUCCAAUCCUGGCCCAGACUCGCCCUGGUACCAAAGAGAUUUAUGUGGAUGUUGAUGACAAUGGUGUGAUUUCCAUGGUCUUUGAGUGCUCCGAGAUGAAUGAAGACUCCAAGUUUAUUUGGUCCAAGAAUUACAAGGAGAUCACAGACACAUCUCGCCUGACUAUUAUCACUGAAGGGAGCAAAUCCAGAGCUAUGUUCAACAGUCCCUCUCUGGAGGAUUUGGGCACCUUUUCCUGUGUGGUCACCAACACUGAUGGCUUUUCCUCCAGCUAUACGCUUACUGAGGAGGGUCUUAUGCGUCUUUUGGACAUGAGCCAUGAACACAAGUUUCCUGUUAUUCCCUUCAAAAGUGAAAUGGCCAUGGAUCUGCUUGAGAAGGGCCGUGUGCGAUUCUGGACUCAGCUAGAGAAAUUUACUUCUGCCUGCCAAGUGGAGUAUGUCUUUAAUGAUGCCAUCGUCGAGCAAGGCAAGAAAUACACAAUGAACUUUGACAAGACCACCGGCAUCAUUGAAAUGUUUAUGGACUCUCUGGAAGUCACAGAUGAGGGAACAUUUACCUUUAACCUGGUGGAUGGCAAGGCUAAGGGUACAACCAGUCUGGUGCUAAUUGGAGACGAAUUCAGGGAGCUUCAAAAGAAAUCAGAGUUUGAGAGAGCUGAAUGGGUCAGGAAACAAGGUCCUCACUUUGUCGAGUACCUCAACUUCACUGUCACUCCUGAAUGUGAUGUGCUGUUGAAAUGCAAGAUUGGAAAUAUCAAAGCAGCGACUGAGAUCACUUGGUUUAAGGACUCCAUUGAGAUUACAGAGGAUGAUGAGGAGGCACAGAAGAUCGAGAGAAAAGAUGGCGAGCUGAUCUUUAAUAUCGGAAAGAUCUCGAAGCAUGAUGCAGGUAUUUAUGAGGUCCACCUGAGGGACGAGAGAGGCAAAGAUAAGAGCUCCUUCAAUCUGACUGAAGCAGGAUACCAAGCUGUAAUGAAUGAGCUGUUCAGAGUUAUUGCCAACUCUUCCAGCGAAAUCCAAGUUGUCAGCACUGAACAUGGCAUCAUCCUCUACUCCAUGAUCACAUAUUACGAUGAGAACCUGCGUGUUGGAUGGCUUUACAAAGAUGCUAAGAUUGCUGCUUCAGAGAGAGUUAAGUCUGGAGUCACAGAAGAGCAGCUUUGGCUGAAGAUCAAUGAACCCACCGAGAAGGACAAGGGCAAAUACACCAUGGAUAUCUUUGAUGGCAAGGAUGGUGUGAAGAGAGUCAUUGAUCUAACUGGCAAGGCAUGGGAGGAGGCAUUUGAAGAAUUCCAAAGGCUCAAAGCGGCAGCAAUUGCAGAGAGAAACCGUGCUCGGGUUGUUGGAGGCUUGCCAGAUGUUGUUGCAAUCCAAGAGGGCAAGUCCCUGAACCUGACUGGCAAUGUAUGGGGCGACCCUGUACCUGAGGUAUGCUGGAUGAAGAAUGAGAAGGAGCUGCUGUCCGAUGACCACUACAAACUGAAGUUUGAGCACGGCAAGUUUGCUAGCAUCACUAUUGCUGCCGUCACCACAGCUGACUCUGGCAAGUACUCCCUCGUGGUCAAGAACAAGUACGGCAAAGAGGCUGGAGAGUUCACUGUCAGCGUUUACAACCCAGAGGAAGAGGAGAAAAAGGAUGAGAAGAAAGACUAAAGGAUGAUGCAAUGUAUUAAAAUGAAAGGAAUUCACCAUUGGGUUGUCUUUAAAGCAUUUUACCCUGGCACAUGCUGGUGCAAUAAAGCAGUUAAAUAAAUCAGCUGCUUCCUCCUGCGUCUUUCAUGUGCUGGGCUAAAGAGCUUUUGACAUUGCUUAUCAAGAAGAAAACAAUGACAUGCAGAAAAAGUCAUUUUGUGCUUUUAGUUUUGUGUUCAGUCUCUUGUGGCUACUGUCAGCAGUUCGUAUAUAGGAGAUGAUUGAUCAGUUAUUCGUUUUUGUUUUAAAAUCAAUUUAAAAGCCAACUAAUGCAACACAGUCUUAUAAGACUGACAUUUUUAAUCUUGGUAGCCUUUCACCUUUUAACUGAGGGUUUUCUACUGUAAAAGGAUCAAUGGUGCAUACUAAUAUUAAAGCAAAAAAUAUAUAUGUUUCAUUAACUUGAGAAACAAGAUGUCAGAUAUGUUACAGGUGCAACUAAAAGCUUUCUGUUAUGUUUAAAUGGCUGUUUGCAUGUAAUUUAUGUAUUGUCUGCAAGCUAUGAAUACAAGUCAUCUUGAUCAUUUGUAGGAGAGGUAAUAAACACUAAUGAUGUGUACACUAAGGGAGUGUGACAAUAUAGACAGUCUGGUCCAUUUAAUGCGUCUUAAACAGCCCAUAAAGCAGUAUGCUAUAACAGCAACCCUUUUGAGAGGAUUUUUUUAAACCUGUCUUAAGCUUCACUUAAAAAGUUGACAAAGGGUCAAAAUUUCAGGGACAACAGAGGAAAAACAUGAUUUAUUGCCCAGCAACAACUGGCCUGAGGCAAAGUAACUGAUGAACAAGUUUAACAUGCUUUUUCUCUUUAAGGCUUUCCUUGUAAUAAAGCUGCAGCUGCUUUA